AUGGCUAUCCAUUGUGACGAUACCACUAAUCCAUUGGACCAGUGGGCGACGGGUCGCCUCGCCGUAAACGGAAGAUCCCGAAGAGGCUCUACCGUAAUGGCUCGUAAUGAGGAGAAAGCACAGUCUAUGCUGUAUCGUUUCCGAGAGGCCCAGGCAGCAGAGCUUGGCCUGGGGACUAGGAGCGACCGCAGGCCACGAAUGGCCAGCGCGUGUAAGAGCUUGCGCGAAUGUGAACGCUGGAGGGGAGAGAUCUUGAGGGAGAUCAGUCGGAAGGUGUCCAAGAUCCAGGAUGCCGGUCUAACGGACUACGAGGUCCGAGACCUCAAUGAUGAAAUAAAUAAGCUGAUGCGAGAAAAGCGACACUGGGAGAACCAAAUAGUUGCGCUAGGUGGAGCGAACUAUCGGCGGAAUGUAGCCAUGAUGGAUGAUGAUGGAAAAGAAGUCCCUGGAACUAAGGGAUACAAGUAUUUUGGUCGAGCAAAAGAACUCCCCGGUGUCAAAGAACUCUUUCAAAGUAAGAAGACGGAAGAAGAUGAAGAGAACCAAACGCAGAACUAUUACAAGAAGUUUACAAAACAGGGCCCAGCGUACUUUGGAGACUUAGAUGAGACAGACGGGAAGCUAGUGGAGUUUGAGAUGCGCGCUGAAGAAGAAGAAUGGGAGGAUGCAUAUUCACACCUACGAACAAUUCUGGGUCUCCCGGCAGACGAACCAGUACCCCAGAUUCCUCGUUCCACAAAAAAAGCAGCGAUUGUGACUGUGAUAGACUCAAAUUCAGAAACACCAUCGCAGACCGAUACAAAACGUAAAGCACUAGACGGAGGCGAAGAUGAUGCUGAAAUGUCCGUAGACGAGAGUGCCAAGCGCCUACGAAUCGAUGGCUCACAGCAAGCAAGUGCAAACGGCGCGGCAGCUCCGCUACAGGAUGAUGCGCUUACAUAUGCUCGCGCGACUGCAGCCUUUAUUCCCUUUUUAUCGCCGGAAAACCUUUUGCCGCCGAAACUGCCGACGAGAGAGGAGAUGGAAGAGUACCUACUCGGUCUCCGGAAGAGGGCGUUGGUAGAGGAAUACUUCGGCGAUGCUUAG